AUGGUAUUUGGUGGUAAUCCGUUUCGUCUCGUUUACUCCUCGUUUACUCUUCGCCUCGUUUACUGUCGAUGGCCUCAAAUGCAGAUAACACUUACAUUCGUCAGUUUCAUCUCAAGCUGUGCAUUCCCAUUUGCUAUCAGCAUAUCCCUGUUUCUCUGUGGCUUGUACAUCGUUCAUAUCAUCGCAAUAUCAUAUGCAAAGUAUCGUUUGCAUCGACCGAUUACCAUGAGGAGUGAUACAGCUGGAGUGUCUAUUAUCAAGCCGUUAGUUGGCACUGAUGAAAAUUUAUUUUUUAAUCUCGAAAGUUUUUUCAAGUUAAAAUAUCACUGUUAUGAAUUACUAUUCUGUUUGCACGAUGCGAGUGAUCCUUCUCAAAAAGUUGUUGAGGCUCUAAUGAUGAAAUAUCCAUAUAUUGAUGCACGCCUCUUUUGUGUUAAGUUCAUUUCAUUUUUAUUUAAAAGUUUCUGUGGCGGUGGCAAUGUUGGGUUGAAUCCGAAGAUUGACAAUAUGGUACCUGCAUAUCGUGCUUCGAAAUAUCCAUUAAUUUUGGUCAGCGACAGUGGAAUUUAUAUGCGUGAGGAUGCUCUGAUGGAUAUGGUGAACGCUAUGACAAAUGAUGUAGCACUAGUUACACAGAUGCCUUUUUGUGCUGAUAGAUCUGGUUUUGGAGCUAACCUUGAGCAGGUAUAUUUCGGUACGGGACAUGCACGUAUCUAUUUAGCUGGUAAUUGUUUGCGUUUUAUUUGUUCUACGGGAAUGUCGUCACUAAUGAGGAAAUGCGCUCUGGAGGAUGCUGGUGGUAUGGAAAACUUCAGUGAUUAUCUUGCAGAGGAUUACUUCUUCGGUGUUGCAUUUACGAAAAGAGGAUGGAAAAUUGCCAUUUCUAGUCUACCUGCCAUGCAAAACACUGCAAGACCCGAUCCAAACACUUUUCAUGAACGUAUAUGCAGGUGGAUAAAAUUACGUAUAGCAAUGCUGCCUCAUACGAUAAUAUUGGAACCUUUGCAAGACUGUUUUCUGUCCGGCAUAUUUGGAUGUUGUGCUGUUUCGAUUCUACUCCCGUCCUCACCAACUUACAUCUUUUAUUAUUUUAUUUUCCAUCUUAUUUAUUGGAUUUCCUGCGACUACACUUUGAUCCACCUUAUUGAGAAUGGACCGCUGCCAUUUUCUUUUGCACAGUUCUUGUUUGUUUGGCUGUAUCGUGAAGUACUAUCCUUCCCAACUUGGUGUCGUGCGCUGGUUAACCCAAACAUCAAAUGGCGGAAAGGCAAUUUCCGGCUUUAUUGGGGUGGACGUAUCGCGCAACCAACACGUUCACCCAGAAAAUUGAAUAGUUGUUGA